AAACGUAAAUAAAUACAAUAAUGGACGAAGUGGAUAAAAUAAUUAUGCACCAGCUGCAGCAAAUCGAUGACAGCAUCGAGCCCACGGAUCAAUUGGCAAAUUUCACACCGGAACAGGUAGUACGUGCCGUUUCUAGCUGUUUGCUGGAAAUCAAUCCUUCGAUGCAGGAGCUGCCACGAUUCUUGCCAGGUGGAGCUAUGGCUCAGCGUUUCAGUGUGGCAACUACAUUGGCUGAGCGCUGCAAGGACCAGGGUUAUCGUGGUGAUAUUGGCUACCAGAUAUUUCUCUACCCCAACGCCGUGGAGCUGCGUCGCCUGCUAAUGCAUUUAAUUGAGCGUCUGCCACGCGAGCGACAACAAUUAGAUUUAUCCGAUAAGUCCCAUUCCCUAAGUGCCCGAGAGCAACUGCAGCGGGAAGUGCGUAGGCAGCUUUCGGAGCAAUUGAAAUCGCCUUGGGUGCCUCAGUAUUGCCGCACUGUGGCGAAUAGAAGGAGGCAAGGAUGCAGCUGCCAGUGCAUUGAGUUCAAACCACACCUUAAUCUAAAUGUGCCUGGAGCCAAUUUCUUGGACCGUAGCAAGGAAGUGCAACAAUAUUUCGAACAGCUGGCGCCCAAUCUAUUCCAACAAGUGGAUGGCAGCGCUUUCGAUCUCAUUGCCUCGGUGCUGCACAAAAAUGAUUUGGAACGCUGCGGGGAGCAGGUUCCAAAGGCUGUGAUGGCUAUGCCGACAAAAGAGGAGGUGGAGGAGGUGGCACCUAGUCCUGCUCCGCUGCCAGUUGAGAAGCAAGUGACAAACAGUGCGGAGACGGCGGCAACCCCAGUGCAGCAGCUGACGGAUGAAGUGCAGCAGCUGCGGUCGCAAUCCGAACUAUUGUUAAAGCAGCGCAAGACGUUGAGCAACUGCAUCGCUGCAUUAAAGGCCCGGGAAUCUGCAGCCGAGCUGGAUCUAGAGCGUUUGCAAGCUGUGGCAAAGCUGCACGAGCGCAGUUCCCUGGUGCUGGCGGAGCCGGAGCAAAACGUGGCCAAGCUCGAAGCGCUGCUGCAAGCAACAAAAGCGAAGCGACAGACGUUGACGCAACAGUGGGAAGACUAUCGUAAUCCCCUACUGAAAACUCUAGAAAGCCUUAAGUCAGCGAAGGAAACGCAGCAAGUGCAGCGUGUGCGCCUGGACAUUGAACAGCUGGAGCAAGAACUGCUGGCCAGAACACAGCUGCACAACGAACUGACCCUGCGCAGUGCCACACAAACGCAGCUGGCGCCGCGCAAGGAAUACACUCGACGCAUUCACGAAUUCAUUGGAAAUAUACGCAAGCAGCGUGAGGACAUCUUCCGAGUGCUCGACGACACACGGCAGCUGCAGAAGCAGCUCAAUGUGGUUGCAGCGCAGCUGGAACGUCAAUUCAACUACACAGAUGAUUUGCUCUUCCAGAGCGCCAAACAUGAUCUGCACGCAAAGAAGGCAUACAAGUUGCUCGCACAGCUACAUGGGCAUUGUAGCGAGCUGGUCGAGUGUGUCUCGAACACGGGCAGCGUUAGUAAAGAGAUACGCGAGCUGGAGGUCCAGAUUGACAGUGAGAAGAUGAAGAAUGUGCUAAUCAGUCUGCAGCAAAUAACAGGCGACAUUCAAAAGUUCGAACAGCACAUUCAGGAGCUGCAAACGCAAAUACGCACAGUGGAGAAUGCAAUAACAAUCGCUUAACAAUAACAAUAACAAUAACAAUAACGAUAAACGAUUAGCGAUAUUAGUAUAUUACCAUAUUACUUAUGUAUUAGUGCCAAUUAAAACAGAUCACUCUCGCAUAGCGUAGUUUCUUGUAGCCAAUUCUCAAUAUUUAUGCAUUUUUUUGUAAAACGCUAAAUAAACG